UAUCUUUAAAGCAUACUUUUCAAAUUAUAUUUCACUUUAGAUAUAUAGCAGUUUUUAAAUAAGCCAAGAUGCACGAGAUGAGCGAUUUUGCACAACAGGAAGAGCCAGAAUCCGAAACAAGAUCUCGCUCGGUAUCAUUUCCUGACCAUUAUCUGUUACCCUACAUUGAAUGGUGUAAAAGAUCCAAGUAUAUAACAUGCAGUUGUAGCAUAAUGUUUUUCGGUAUUGCCAUCUUUUGCUUCUUCGCUACCAACUACAUGAUUAACUACCCUGCCACUUUAUCUAGGAAGAUUGUCUUUGUAUUUGCUGCCACCAUCUGCAUCAUAUGUGGAGUCACUUGUUUGGAACUGCGCUUCAGAAUCUUAAAGCAGUGCAGAGAGGGACCCGAAGACAACAUACAAUUUGAAAUAGCCCGCCGAGAUACUUUCGAUUCAGUGACGAGCAGUUUCUCUGGAUAUUUCGAAACACAAGAGACGCCAUUUUGCAACGGAACAUCUAAAGAACCGAGUCAAGCUGAAAUGCCAGAAUUCCCCAGUCGCGCGCAUUCACUUGAUGAAGCCUCUCCUUCAAAAAUUUCUACAUUUAGACAUAAUGGUCUUGGUAGUUUUCCAAGGCGUUCGAUUUCUGGAAAUAUGUCACCGGAUUCUCCACUUCUGCCAUUAAGAAAGCCAAUAGAAAUUUCAAAAUCAUCUCUGACAAAGAACGGCAUGGAUUUCACACGAAUACAAAAUGGCCGAACUGUUCCAGGUUCUGAUAAUUAUCUUCCAAACUAUUCAACGUUUGAGAAUGAAUCGGAUGCACCUGAGACUAAGCCACUACUAUCCCAGUCGAUAUUUGAGAAUGAGAGUGAUGCACCUUAAACUCAAGCACCGUUUGCUGAGAGUCACAGUAAAUGCUUUGGUUUUUGUAUUUGCUCAGAGUCGUAGUAAAUUUAAUAUCGUGACUCGAUAGAAGAUUUUAUUAAAACAUAUUUUAAAAUUCUUUCUAGACAACUAUCAUCCAUUUAUACACAUAUGAUUAAUUGAUUGAUAUAUUUUUUUCUUUUGAUUCUUUUGUUCUCGAAUUUUUAUUUAAAUGGUUUCAGUAUAUGUGGGAAACGUUCUGAAGCAGGUAUUAUAACCUCUUUAGAAAAAAGAAAAGUGUAUCGCGCUUUCUUCUAAAUUUUAUUAAAUGGAUUAUUCCUCUGAAUUUCUUUAAGGCAAAAAAGGAUACAAAGGAUUCAUCCUUUGCUUUGUAUUUUUAGAAUAAUAUCGGUGUAGUGAGUAUAUAAUUUAAGCAAUUUCAUUUUAAACUGAGUAUUUAGAAUGAAUUUAACAAUUAUUUGUACCAUUUGUGAAUAUUUUGAAAGUUUUAAAUGAAUGCCAUCUCAUUUGGCGCUAAUUUAAUGCCAUCUCAAUUCUUCAGAUGUUAUCAAUCAAUAUGUUUAAUUUUUUAAAUUUUUAAUUGUUAAUAUGAAUAAAAUGUAAAUUAUUUUUUUAAUAAAGUUAGAAUGCAAGUUGGUAAUGAGUGAAUUUGAAAGCCAUAAACUUCA